AUGGCAUCUACACCAGUGCCGACGCUAAUACCAAUAGAAUUAACUCCCGUAUUAGUGCUAAUCACAGUACCUUUUAUGAGACAGCAAGAAGUCUUUCUCUAUCAUGACUCAAAAGAGUUAGAUGCGAAAAUUUUAAGAAUGCCAUAUAAGAGAAACGGAUUACAACAUUUACAACAGAAUUUGAACGCCCAACUUCUGAGGCAGCAAUUGUGGCUAAUAGAUGAAGUUGAACUCAAUGUUACCUUACCAAAGUACAAGUUUGAUUUUAAAGCAAAACUUGUUGAUACUUUAAAAGAGAUGGGCCUGCAGUUGAGUCCAACUACGUCCUCAGUCCUCACUGCCUGGUAUUGCAAGAGGGCUAUCGCCACAGGAGAUACAUUAUCAAUAUCUGGCAUAAUGCAAAAGGCUGGCAUUGAAGUUAGCGAGUUAACGAGAAAGGAAGUACUGUAUAUGCUGCUACAUGUAUAUGUCUUUUCCUUAUAUGUGUAUAAUAUUACAUUUUAUUCUUUAGAAAUUGUCCUGACCAAUAAAUUUGGCAACGAUCGCGAGGUAUUCUUCUCGGGAACAAGACCUUUUACGUUUCUCAUUCAAGACGAGACAAGUGGAACAAUUCUAUUCAUAUAA